AGAAACCUGAUUAGAGCCAUAUACCAAAAAUGUUUACAUACGUUCGCAAGUUUUUCGCCAACCCAGACCGGGAGGCUAUAAUGGAGUGUUUGGAUCGGGAGAAUCGCUUUUUAGAUCAAAAAAUAAUGGAAGAGAAGAUGGACCGCCAGCUUCAGGGGAAUCAAUCCGCAAUGGAUGAGGUUAUGAACAACCAGAUGGGUGAACUUACCCAAGGACUAUCUGCCAUGGAUAUAAAUAGGGAAGGAGCCUGUACCGCCAGGAAGGGAGUGAUCACCAGUUUGGGCAGCGACCGUGGAGUCAUCGACAAAGACGUCUUCUUCGAAAGCAAGGUGGCAGAUGAUAUCUUCUUGGAGCUCCAGGUCGGCUGUGUGGUCGAGUAUUUGACCUUCAAGAAGGGGGACACCAUAAGGGUGGUCAAGGUGAAGCGCAUCCUCGAGCACAACUGGGAGGAUGCAAACCAUAACCAGAUCGAGGAUGCUCUAGACAAGCUGAAGAAUGAGAAUCCCACCUGCUUCAACACUCAGCUGAGGAGCGUAUUGGGCCUGAUUCGCCAGCGCCUAGCAUCCUCCGUAGACGUGGAGACGGAAUACGGACAGCUCACCGUCGAGCUGGACAACAUCGAGAUGACCUUCAUCCCCAAGACGGGAGAUCGAGUGCGCCUGGAGUGCAACAUUCAGCUGGACGAUGAUUUUGUAGACAAGCAGGGGGAAAUCCUUCAGGUGACCAAGAUGUUCCCCACACGCAUCCAGCAGGCGGAAAAGUGCAUCGUGGAGCGUGUCUACACCGAUCUAGCUGUACUGGGUCCGGAAACCUACGUCUUAAAGGCGGACGUGCCCACCGGCGUGGAUCUGCACCUGGGCGACUUUGUGCUCGCCGAUCUUAUUGAGUGUCAGUAUUCUAAAUUCACGAGACGCGCCAUCAAGCUUACUCCGAUGGAGAAGAACUUCGGUGCAACCAAGAUCACUUCGCAGGGCAAUUUGGGAUCUUCCAGCGAUCCUCAGGCUGUUACGGUGACUGGUGUAAGCCGCUUCAUUACCACAGAACUCUGGCAAAAGAAGAGUGUGUCACUAAAACUGACCAACAACCUAAGCCGCAAGUUGCGCCUGGAGAGCGUUGUUGUCUCCAAUGAUAGUGAGUCGCAGUUAAGCGUGGUGGAACCGCUUGAAUCCGUGGAUAUUGCCAGCGGCGCCGAAAUAACGCUGGUCUUCGAGAUUCACACCCAAUUUCAGGGUGAAGCAACUGAAAGUUACGAGCUGAAGUUCGACCGGUUCAAGAUGAAGCGCUCUUUUACUGUCAUCGUCUGUGAAACCAAGGAGGAGGCCGCCGAAGCCGAUAGGCGUUUGAUAGCCGCUGAAACUCUCAUUGCACCCGGACGUAACAUCCAGCAGAGAUCCAAAUUCUAUGCCAACCAAGUUUGGUGCAACCAAGUGGAAGUGAUUCCGGGUGAACACAAUGCCCCCAGGCGCAGAUUUGUUGCACUGCGAUUGGGUUUCUUUGAGGUUCCCGAGAAGUUGCGUCAAAUUUAUUUGACCGUUGAACGGAAACAGGAUUUGAUCGAUGCCAUCGAACAGCUUUACUCUUGCAUCAAGGAGCCCCUGAGCAUUAGGAACUAUGUGCAGCGUUUCGGUCUAUUCCUGCACCUCGAGGAGAUUGAGUGCUUUGUGAGCUUCCGCAACUACGACAGAGACCGAGCCCAUUUCCUGCGAGACGGAGAGUACCUCGCGCUGCAGAUCGAGAAUCUGGCCGAACGUCGUCCAUCGCUGGUCGUGGGCGAUACAGUCCGAGCCGUAGAUCCCUGGGCGGAUCCCAAUUGCCGAAGUAACAAGACCUACGAGGGCGUCAUUCAUAAGGUGCUCUUCAAUCGCGUCCUGCUCAAAUUCAACGCCAGUUUCCAGGAGAAGUAUAAUGGCGAGGACUAUCGACUUGAGUUCUAUUUCUCGCGGUAUUCUUUCCGCAAGCAGCACCAUGCCAUCUCGAAAAUCGGCAGCGUCAUGGGUGAGGAUUUCCUGUUCCCCAGUAAGGUGACAAAGCGCGAGAAUCCCCAGUUGGAGGUGCAAAUGGUGGACGAUGAUAUGUAUCUGUACGACUCUAAAUUGCCGUGGUAUAACUCGUCUCUCAACUGCAUCCAAAAGCGAGCUGUCUUCAAUAUCCUGCGAGGUGAGGCAGAAGACAUUCCGUACGUGAUCUUUGGGCCACCAGGCACUGGGAAAACCGUGACACUGGUGGAGACACUUCUGCAAUUGGUCAGGAAUCUUCCUGGGGCUCGAAUCCUGGUCGGAACCCCUUCCAAUAGCGCAGCUGAUUUGGUAACCAAGAGGCUCAUCGAUAGCAAUGUCUUACUCCAGGGAGAUUUCAUUCGUUUUGUGUCGCACAAUCAAGUGGAGAGGGACUUAAUACCUCCCGAAUUGAUGAGCUACUGUGCCACCUCUGACCUCGGUUCAGUGGGUACUUGCGAGGAUAAAAUGAUGGUAACCGAAUCGGGACUGAAGCUCCGCUGCCAGGCAAAGUUCAUGGGUACCCACCGAAUCACCAUCUCCACCUGCACUACUUUGGGCAACUUCCUGCAGAUGGGAUUCCCACCGGGGCAUUUUACCCACGUGCUUUUCGAUGAGGCGGGUCAAAGCACCGAAUCAGAGACCAUAGUACCCAUUGUAAUGUUGACGAAAAAACGCAGUCAAGUGAUUUUGUCAGGUGAUCCUCGCCAACUGCAGGCUAUUGUCAUGAACAGAUUUGCGGGAAGCAGAGGAUUUUCCAUGUCCUUCCUAGAGAGAUUGCUGGAACGUUCGCCCUAUCGAAAGGAUCUCCAGAGAUAUCCCGAAAGCUCGGGCUACAAUCCCAGUGUAUUGACCAAAUUAUUGUACAAUUAUCGAGCAUUGCCGUCGAUUAUGAGUAUUUAUAGCAAGCUCUUCUACGACGACGAAUUGAUCUCGGUGGUUUCCGAUAAGGAUUCGAGAGAAGCUAAGCUGCUGUCCAGACUUCGAUGUGUCUUCGAGCCCGAAAAGGACAUGCCUCAAGCGCAUGGCACCUUCUUCUAUGGCAUCACUGGGGAGAAUAGGCAGGAGAACGAUUCCCCCUCCUGGUACAAUCCCCAAGAAGUCAAGGAAGUGUUCCUCAUGACCAUUUCCCUGUAUCGCGCCAAUGUGAGUCCGGAACAGAUCGGAAUACUCACUCCUUAUAUGAAGCAGGUGAAGAUGCUGCGCAACAUGUUUAUUGGCACCGAUGUGGCUAUGCCGAAGAUUGGUUCUGUUGAGGAGUUUCAAGGACAGGAACGAGACAUUAUGCUCAUCUCCACGGUGCGUUCGUCGGAAUCGAUCCUUCGUAUCGAUACCCGAUUAUCCUUGGGCUUUGUGUGUUGCAACAAGCGGAUGAACGUGGCUGUUUCCCGAGCUCGUGCCAUGAUGAUUAUUUUCGGGAAUCCCCAUCUUUUAGCCGUCGACGAAUGCUGGCGCCAACUCAUCUUGUAUUGUGCCCAAAAUAACGCCUAUUUUGGCUGUGAGUUACCACAAUCUGUGGUGAAUCAGGAGGAUGAAGAUCCAGUUCAGUUGGAAAAAUUCGUGCCUUAACCAAAAAUUCAUUAAGUUCCUAUGGACCUGACAAAAUAUAUUCUCUUCAUGCAGGGUUUUACUUUAGACAAUAAACGUAUUCCAAAUGAGUUGGAAAGAACUGCGAAAA